AUGUGCGGCGCGACGCGGUGGGCCUGCUCAGGCUCUGGCCGGGGCCGGAGCUCGUUGACGCUCACGGCUGCGCUCCUGCUGUCGGCUGCCGUGCUACUGUCCGGGCUGAAAGGCUUCACGGAGGCGAAGGAGUGUGACAAACCGUGCCUGAACGGCCAGUGUAACGUCGCUGCGGGCAGCUGUGUGUGCUUCCCCGGCUGGGUCGGGGACCAGUGCCAGCACUGCGGAGGGAGGUUCAGGCUCACGGGUCCAUUUGGCUUUUUGACUGAUGGCCCAGGAAACUACCUACAUAAGACCAAGUGCACCUGGCUUAUUGAGGGACAGCCUAACACCAUUCUACGAUUACGAUUCAACCACUUUGCCACUGAAUGUAGCUGGGACCACUUGUACGUGUACGAUGGCGACUCAAUAUAUGCUCCUCUUCUGGCUGCUUUUAGCGGUCUGAUUGUUCCGGAGCAGUAUGGAAACGAGACAGUUCCUGAGGUCGUGUCUCAGUCCGGCUUCACUCUGUUGCAUUUCUUCAGUGAUGCAGCAUACAACCUGACGGGCUUCAACAUUUCCUACACAGUGAAUACAUGUCCCAACAACUGCUCUGGCCGAGGUGAGUGUCGUGUGGGGAACGCCACGGCUUCGGUUCAUUGUGAGUGUGAAGCCAACUGGAAGGGAGAAGCCUGUGACGUCCCAUACUGCCUGAAGAACUGUGGCUACCCUGAAAGAGGUCGAUGCCAAGGAAAGAUGUGCAUCUGUAACGCUGAAUGGCAAGGUCCGGACUGUUCUGUUUCUGUUCCUGCCAACUCCUCCUUUUGGAGCCGGGAGGAGUACACUGAAGCUGGGCUGGCGAGGGCGUCCCACAAGGCUGUGGUGGAGCAGGAAGUCAUGUGGGUCAUAGGCGGCUAUGUCUUCAAUACUUCUGACUAUCACCUGGUGAAAGCGUACAACCUCACCAGCAAAACAUGGCUGACCCUUGACCCCUCUGUCAACACCGUCACACCACGAUAUGGCCACUCGUUAGCUCUGCAUGAGGGGAAAAUCUUCAUGUAUGGAGGAAAGAUUGACUCUACUGGAAAUGUGUCGAGCCAGCUGUGGGUUUUCCACAUCCAGAAUCAGACAUGGGUCCUCCUCAGCCCUCGGGUCAAGGACCAGUAUGCUGUGGUGGGACACUCGGCCCACAUUGUGCCUUCCACUAAGGAGCAGGACAGUCCUGUUAUGCUAGUCCUGUUUGGACACUGUCCUCUUUACGGGUACAUCAGCCAGGUGCAGGAAUACAAUUUUGCACUGAACACAUGGAGCAUUGUGAGCACAGAUGGUGCCCUGGUCCAAGGUGGAUACGGUCACAGCAGCGUGUAUGACCCCAGCACCGGAGCCAUCUACAUCCACGGAGGGUACAAGGCCUUCAGCGCCAAUAAGUAUGGGUUAGCGGGAGACCUUUACAAAUUUGAUGUGGACAAAAGAAAAUGGACCAUCCUCAGAGACAGUGGCUUUUUCCGUUACCUUCACACGGCAGUGAUAGUGAGUGGAACCAUGUUGGUGUUUGGAGGAAACACGCACAAUGACACGUCCAUGAGCCACGGAGCCAAGUGUUUCUCCUCGGACUUCUUGGCCUACAGUUUGGCAUGCGAUGAGUGGACAGUGCUGCCUCGACCGAACCUCUACCUUGAUGUCAACCGCUUUGGACACUCUGCCAUUUUAAGUAACAGUGCAAUGUAUUUGUUUGGUGGCUUCAAUAGCCUGCUGCUGGACGAUAUCUUGAUGUACACCUUGCCCAGUUGCUCAGCCUUUUCCAGCCCUGAGUCCUGCAGUCAUGCUGGACCUGGGAUCCACUGCAUGUGGAACAGCACCCAGGGGAGCUGCCUGCCUUGGGAGAGCAGUACCGGCUUCGAACAGCAGCAGCUUCCAGCCUACUGUAACACAAGAUCAAAUGCUGACAAUGAGAGGUGUGAACAGUAUACAGACUGCUACAGCUGCACUGCAAAUACAAACAGCUGCCAGUGGUGCUCGGGUCAGUGUCUGUCUCUGGGAAGUAACUGCACCGCUGCCACGGGAGCUAUCGCAGAGUUUGAAGUUUGCCCCAAGGACAACCCCUCCUAUGUGUGCAACAAGAAAACCAGCUGCAAGAGCUGUGCUGUAGACCAGAACUGUCAGUGGGAUAUUCGCAACCAAGAGUGCAUCUCACUGCCAGAGAAUGUGUGCGGUGAAACCUGGCACUUGGUUGGCAACUCUUGUCUGAAAUUCAACACAACCAGUGAGUCUUACGAUAAUGCCAAGUUGGCCUGCAGAAACCACAACGCUGUUCUGGCCUCCCUCACCACACAGAAGAAGGUAGACUUUGUCCUGAAGGAGCUGCAGAUCAUGAAUGUGAUGUGCGUCCCCGCUUGGGGGUCCUCGUGGGCCGGCUACCAGCUCUCAGGCUUGCCGAUGAGUCUGCAGAAGAGCAACCUAAUUCCCUCUCAGGAGGUCAUGUUCCUGGGAACUACGAUAAACUCCCUCACCAUGGUGGCUUGCCCGUCACCACAGCGUGUCGGCGGGAUUCUGCAGAAGCUGCCCACCUUCCUGCCCGGCUGUGCACCCCCCUUCAUUGCAUACCUUUGCCUGUUGGGCAAGCUGACUGCUGCCUCCAUGGUGGUACCUCUGGGGCUGUUGUAUCUGCACCCUCUACAGAUGUGGCUCAACAGCCUGCGGCUGGAUCCGACUCGUGCAGUGCACCGACGCAGGAGGCCCAACACUCCUGACAGUCCUUCAAAAGGGGCAUCAAGUCCUCCUAGUGGCUCCCCUCUGGCCUGGGAGGACUUGGUUUCCACUGCUGCACAGGCUCUGUUGCAACUCUCCAAUGCCUCUACCCCACAGGAAGGACCACCUGUCACAGUUGGGGGGUCAGAUCCUGCACCCCGAUCCCAGUCGCCUCUGGGCUUGGCUGCUACAGGGCCCGGCAUUACCUUCUCAGAGUAUGAUGCGGAGGCACUACUUUCUCAGGGCCAGUCUCCAUCCUCCCUGAAAGUUUAUGUUGCUGCCAUCUCUUGCUGGCAUACGGUGGUGGGUAGGGAGACAUCUGCUCCGUUUGAGCCCUUGGCGGACGGUUCCUGUAAAUGCAAUGGCCAUGCCAGUAUGUGCAAUCCCAGCAAUGGAAAGUGCUUCUGUACCACCAAGGGCAUCAAAGGAGAUAGAUGUCACCUGUGUGAAGUGGAGAGUCGCUACCAAGGCAACCCCCUGAAAGGAACAUGCUACUACACGCUCCUCAUUGACUACCAGUUCACCUUCAGCCUGUCGCAGGAGGACGACCGCUACUACACUGCCAUUAACUUUGUGGCCACUCCUGAUGAGCCAAACCGGGAUCUGGACAUGUUCAUAAACGCCUCUAAAAACUUCAACCUGAACAUCACGUGGGCCACCAGUUUCACAGCAGGCACGCAGACUGGAGAGGAAAUUCCCAUUGUUUCCCGGAGCAACAUCAAGGAGUUCAAAGACAGCUUCUCAAACGAAAACUUUGAUUUUCGCAACAGCCCAAACAUAACCUUCUUUGUGUACGUCAGCAAUUUCACGUGGCCCAUUAAGAUCCAAAUUGCCUUCUCACAGCACAGUAACUUCAUGGACCUGGUGCAGUUUUUUGUCACGUUCUUCAGUUGCUUCCUGUCCCUCCUGCUGGUGGCUGCCGUGGUUUGGAAGAUCAAACAGAGCUGUUGGGCGUCGCGGCGACGAGAACAGCUGAUGGACAGGCGGCAGCAAAUCGCCUCAAAGCCGUUCCCUGAUGUCAGUCUGGCAAUUGAGGUGGGCGGUAGACAAGUGCAAAUAACGUCGCAGUCUGUUCCUAAACCCAUCGCCCUUGAGCCUUGUUUUGGCAACAAAGCUGCUGUGCUCUCCAUCUUUGUUCGGUUACCCAGGGGCUCUGGUGGCAUCCCUCCUCCAGGACAGUCUGGUCUGGCCGUGGCGAGCGCGCUGGUCGACGUCUCUCAACAGAUGUGUGUCGGCUACAAGGAGAAGUCUGGGGCUUUGAGGAACCGUAAACAGCCGCCUGCUGCACAGCCUUCCACCUGCAUCUGAGCCCACCUGCUGUGUACCUCCACCAACCCCACACACAAUGUUCUUCAUCAGCCCCCCCCAACCCUAACCUCCACUCCCUGCUUUAGCACCCUCCCUCAAAAACGUCUGCUGGCCCUGUCAUCAGAGGGAGAGGUGCAUGCUGGGACGGACGACCAGAACACUUUAGUGAGGUCUGCUGAGUGGAGCCCAGCAGCCCCCCCCCAACAAACCCUUUGGUCCCCUCAAACUAAUCAGAACAACAGGAUAGAGGGAAUGAAUGAGAAGGACAGGGAGGAACAAAGGAGACGGUGACUCCUCCUUCCUGCCUCUGAACUUGUUUUCCUCUGCCCAGAUGGAGUGGAGGCGGCCAUGGCUUGCUGCUAGG